UUUAUCCGGCUGUGAAAUUUACAUGAUCUUACGUGACUUGUUCAUUGUUGUUUAUGUGUUUGAUUCAAGAAAAGGUAAAGGUAAACUUACUCCAGGCCACUCAGAGAAAAUAAGUUGGUCAAGAGUGUACAGAAACCAAUAUAUUGUCAUACAAAUAAAACAGACAGAUCUCUAAUUACCUUCCUUGAUCUGUUAUUACCUCCCUUGAUCAAACUACAGUUCAUUUUGUACUGGAACAUAUCAGCUUCAUACUGGAGGAAAUAAACUUUGUAACGAUUGUAAUAUUUGUGCUGUAUAAAAAAGGAAAACACGAAGACACAUAAUGCUGAGUAAGAGGAGCAUAUCAGAAAAUAUACUGCAUAGUUUAAGAACACAUACUGCAAAGUUGCAGGAACAUAUCUAUAAUUGGUAAACUUAAAAAGGUGUAGUCAGAGACAUGAGAACACACACUAGUGAUAAACUGUAUAGAUGUGAUAUAUGUGGUAAAGGGUUUGGUCAAAGUUCAAGCUUGCAGAGACACAUGAGAAUACAUACUGGUGAUAAACCUUAUAAAUGUAAUAUAUGUUGUAAAGGUUUUGGUGAAAGUUCAAACUUGAAAGGACACAUGAGAAUACAUACUGGUGAUAAACCUUAUAAAUGUGAUAUAUGUGGUAACGUGUUUAGGUAUAGUUCAAAUUUACAGAUUCAUACGAGAACACACACUGGUGAUAAACCUUAUAAUUGUGAUGUAUGUGGUAAAGGGUUUAGGUAUAGUUCAAAUUUACAGAUUCACACGAGAACACACACUGGUGAUAAACCUUAUAAAUGUGGUGAAUGUGACAAAGAGUUUAGUCAGAGCCAACAUUUACAUAGACACAUGAGAACACAUACUGGUGAUAAACCUUAUAAAUGUGUUAAAUGUGGGACAGGAUUUAGUCAGACUGGUGAAUUACAGAGACACAUGAGAAUACACACUGGUGAUAAACCUUAUAAGUGUUACAUGUGUGAUAAAGGGUUUAGUGAUCGUUCAAAUUUACAUAAGCACAGAAGAAUACACAAUGGAGAUAAACCUUAUAAAUGUGUUAAAUGUGGUAAAGGGUUUAGUCAUAACUGUAACUUACAGAAACACAUGAGAACACAUACUGGUGAUAAACCUUAUAAAUGUGAUGUAUGUGGUAAAGAGUUAUGCGAACGUCGUGGCUUAGAGAGACACAUGAGAAUACACACUGGAGAUAAACCUUAUAAGUGUCACGUGUGUGGUAAAAGGUUUAGUGAUCGUUCAAGUUUACAUAGGCACAGGAGAAUACACACUGGAGAUAAACCUUAUAAAUGUGUUAAAUGUGGUAAAGGGUUUAGCCAGACUGAAAUCUUACAGAAACACAUGAGAACACACACUGGCGAUAAACCUUAUAAAUGUCACGUGUGUGAUAAAGAGAUCUGUGAACGUCGUGGCUUAAAGAGACACAUGAGAACACACACUGGCGAUAAACCUUAUAAAUGUCACGUGUGUGAUAAAGAGCUAUGUGAACUUCGUGCCUUAGGACCAAAAUUUUGA